AUCCUAAUUUCUUCCUCUGAAGUUGCUACAGAGCUUUCAAAUCAGGCUGAAUCAUUGAGGUUUAAGCAGUUACUUGUUUUUUUAACCUUAGCAGGCACUUUGGUCUCUCUGAGCGACAGAAGAAAGGGUUUCCAUUUCCAAAAACCUGUGUUGGUGUUUCACCUUCCUUUUCUUCUAACUUUUGAAGCCAUGGGGCAUCGAUACUUUACAAACUCAUUCCAAAUGUCUGUGGCAGACCAAGAUCAGAACCAAUAUCAUAUGGAUGCAUAUCAGUCUUAUAUUCAUUCAGGAAGGGCUGUUGAUCCUGUGUAUGGAUCUUAUGUUCAUCAAAUGGAGAAUGCACUCACAAGUGGGGUAAGCAGUGCCUUUCCGCGGAAUCUGAAUUGCGGAACCAAUGAACAUUCUUUAUCAAGUUUCAGCAUGCAAAGGCCGUGUUUUCAAGCAGCUGUCCCAGGUCCAUCUCAUGAUCCAUUCUCACACUUGUCAGCUGCUGGAACCUUUUAUCGGACUCAGGAGAAUAAUGCUAGCCAUGCUCAUUCUACUUACUACAACAGAAGCACUAUUCAUGAAGUUGAAGGUGGUUCACAAGAUCCUGCAGUGCAAAACAGCAGAGGACCAUUCAAAAGAAAAAGCCCCAGCAUUUCUAUAGCCUAUGAGAGGGGCAUUCCAAGCAGAUUUUAUGAUGCAGGAAGUUCCUCUGGUUUUUCUGAAUUUCAUCUGGACAAACCAACUUUAGAUUAUCAAAACUACUUUUAUGGUCCUGGGUUAUCUCAUUAUGGGGCCAGUAGUCUCUCAAUUUCUGGUGAAGCAUCUCUAAGGAAUGUGAGAAGACGAUCUAGAUUUGAGUGGGAACCCAACAGAACAACUGGUCAUUUAUCGAGCUAUUCUUCUCAUUAUUACUGUCCAACAACCAAUCUGAUAAACCAUUCUAGUAGAGUAGACCUUGCAAAUUUAACAGCCAAUUCCACCACUUAUGAAAGGAGCCAUACUGCUGUGCCUCCAGCUGGUUAUGGAAGAUUUUUAAAUUCAGAAACAAAUGGCUUGAGCCAUGAGACAGAUAGGUUUGUUGUGGGAAGAAGUACUGUGGAUAUCAGUGGGUACCAUCAUGGCUCUGUUUCAAGCAGAUUCCCCAUUUCCCUUCCACAAUAUCUUCACGGUCUGUCUGGUCAGUCUGUGAGGGAAGGCCACAGUAGCUAUUCUCAAAGAUUUAUACCUUCAUACAGGAGUGGUCUUAGCUAUCCCCACUUGGGACAUGAAGCAGCUCACUCUGAAAAUGGUUUGCAGUUCCCCUCAGAAACUUUUUCUUCCAGAUAUCCAAGGCCAUCAGCUGCCAGUGGAUGGCGUAACAGUUACAGGAAUGAAAGAUCAAGGAUUGCUAGUGAGAGAUACCAAUCACUUUCUAAUGCAGCAGACACCCAUGCUCAAAUGGAGUCUGAGGCUGUCAUAAUGGUGGACAGCUCAUCCUUGUAUGGUUCCAGAAAUUUGUUUGAUCAGUAUGGGGACAUGAGGCUGGACAUUGAUGACAUGAGUUAUGAGGAACUUCUUGCUCUAGGAGAAAGCAUUGGAAAUGUCAGCACAGGCUUGUCUGAAGAUAUGGUCUCAAAGUGUUUGACAAAAACAACAUACCAUUCAUCAGAUCAAAACCAGGAGGAAGCAAUGUGCACAAUAUGCCUUGAGGAAUACAAAAGCAAGGAAGAAGUAGGGAGAAUGAAGAACUGUGGUCAUGAUUACCAUGUGGGCUGCAUCAGGAAAUGGUUGUCACUGAAGAAUUUCUGCGCCAUUUGCAAAGCACCAGCUCUUGCAGAUGGUUUGAAGGAGGAAUGAUUCAUAUUUAAUCUCCAUGGGAUUUCUUAACUCAAUUGUUAAUGUACAUAUGGGAGACUUGUUUCUCAAUUAGGAAAAUACUGGACAUAUCUUAGGAAAAACAUGGUUUGAUGAUCUCAAUCCAUUUUUUCUUUCAUUGUUUCUAUUCAAUACAUAUUAGGCUUUUGAACA